GCCGGCUUUGGGUUCAGACGUGGAAACCGUAGAUUUUAAUCUGCUCCAAUUUUAAAUAUAAAUAAUGGUGAAAGUAGACGUUAAAUAUACUAAGCUGUUCAUCAACAACGAGUGGGUGGACGCUGUCAGCAAAAAGACCUUCCCCACCAUCAACCCUCAAGAUGAGACCGUUAUCGCACUAGUGGCUGAGGCAGACAAAGCUGACGUAGAUUUGGCGGUAGCAGCAGCGAAGAAGGCAUUCGCUCGCUACUCACCAUGGCGCCUAAUGGACGCUUCCCGGCGAGGUCUACUCAUGCUCAAGUUGGCAGAACUAAUAGAAUCCCAAGCCCGAUAUUUAGCAGAGUUAGAAACUUUGGACUGUGGAAAGCCAGUGAAGGACGCUGAAGAUGAAGUGUACUAUGCAGCGACUGUUUUAAGAUAUUAUGCCGGCAAAGCUGACAAAAUUUUGGGGAAUACUAUACCUGCAGACGGUGAAGUAAUGUCUUUUACUUUGAAGGAACCAGUGGGUGUUUGUGGCCAGAUUAUACCAUGGAACUACCCCAUACCAAUGAUAUCAUGGAAAAUUGCACCAGCCUUGGCUGCUGGCUGCACAAUAGUCCUAAAACCAGCAGAACAGACACCACUAACAGCUUUAGCAGUAGCAGCUCUGAUCAAAGAAGCUGGUUUCCCUCCAGGAGUAGUCAAUGUACUGCCAGGGUAUGGACCUACAGCUGGAGCAGCGCUCACACACCACCCUGACGUCGACAAGAUUGCUUUCACAGGAUCCACUGAGGUCGGUCGCAUUAUUCUUGGAGCAGCUUCAGCAGUUAAUCUUAAGCGAAUCACUUUGGAAUUAGGUGGCAAGAGUCCUCUUGUGGUUUUUAACGAUGCUGAUGUGGAAAAAGCAGCGCAGAUAGCUCAUGCAGCGGCAUUCGCAAACGCUGGACAGUGCUGUUGCGCUGGCACUAGGACUUACGUACAAUCUGGGAUCUACGACCAGUUUGUGAAGAAAGCCGCAGAGAUCGCUUCCAAGAGAUCCGUUGGAAAUCCUUUUGAGAACGUCCAACAAGGACCUCAGAUCGACCAAGACAUGUACACCAAAGUUCUGAGUUACAUAACUGCUGGUAAGGAAGGUGGAGCGAAGUGCGUAGCUGGAGGUGACAAGUUAGGAGACAAGGGUUACUACAUCAAGCCAACUGUGUUUGCUGAUGUCACUGAUAACAUGAAGAUUGCCAGAGAAGAGAUAUUUGGUCCAGUGCAAAGUAUCUUGAAGUUCGAUACGUUUGAAGAAGUGAUAGAUAGGGCAAACGAUACUAACUAUGGACUUGGUGCUGGAGUCAUUACCAAUGAUAUCACCAUUGCACUUAGCUUCGCGAAGCAAGUUCGAGCUGGAUCCAUCUGGGUCAAUACGUACGACCACACACCUAGCCAAACACCAUUCGGAGGUUUUAAGGAUUCCGGUCUUGGUAGAGAGCUGGGUGAAGACGGUAUCAACCAGUAUUUGGAAACUAAAACAGUAACGCUAGCGUUGCCAAAACAGCCACAGCUGUAAACGUAUUUCUUUGCUAUAUUUUUUUUUUAUUAUAAUUAUUAAGUAAUAGGUACUACUAGAUACAAAUUGAUUAGUAAGUGGUAAAUUGGCGUUAUGUUUAAAAGUAAAAAGGAACUUUUAAUAUUUAUUAGGUAUGUUGUAAUGAGGGCUAACAUUUUUUUGCUGUAAAUGCUGUUUCCCAAACGUAAAAAGGAGUUUUUUUGUCCAAUCAUUGCAGCUGUCCAAUAUUAAACGUCAAAUAGUGUGAUACUGGCUAAUUCCCUAUUGGACGAAGAACGCGAGGUUCAAUACUAGCGUCAUCUGGUCAUCAUAAAUACAGUAGACCCCAUUGUAAAUAACAUAAAUGUUUGCAACAGCGAUUUCGUAUGAUACCUACAUGUAUUUGCACAGAUAGGUAAUGCACAGGUAUUAUUAUAUGGCCUUCAGAUAAAGCCAUACAAGGCCAUAUCUUUUUAUUAUUAAAAACUAAGGCAUUUGCGGCAUUCUAAAAUAUAACUACAAUAAACAACA